AUGAUCAACGAAAGUGAUGAAAAAACAACGCCGAAAGAAGGAGGAGGAGGAGGAGGAGGAGAUUGUGGUAUUAAAGAAGAAGAACAAGUAGUUAAUGACGCGAGAGAUACGAGUAAAGAAGACAAGAUGAAGAGGGAUGAUUACGUCAAAAAUAGCCUCAUAUUAUAUUUGAACAAGAACCGGCGGUUUCCUUCCGAGAGUCUCCUUCAUUACAAGGCCGUGUCAACUUUAAACACGUGGUAUACACCUGUGUUGUGUACUCCAUAUAAGUAUCUCAGUAACACAAUGUGUCUCGUAUUUAAAAUUACAUUUAAAAUUUAG